GUGCAAUCACAGCCACCUCGAAACCCUGGUGGAGGGAUUUGACAUCAAUGCUAUAAGGGUCGGGUUCCGUGUUCGGCCCAAGCAUGUGGUGGCACAAUCGCAGAGCGUGGCCGGUGGCGAACCACCCAGCGCAGCAGCUGCACGAGGGACGACGUUGACGUGCGUGCCUGAAUUGCACGAGACCUACAUGACGCCGGAUUUCCGAACUUGGCUGCAGGGCCUCACGACCGGUGACGUGGGCAAGUCGACGCUGCGCAUUGUCAAUUUCCGAAAUGGCCCCAACCCUGUAUCGUCCAUCGUGCGUCUUGACGCGAAGCAUUACCAACUCGGCCUCCCGUGUGUGCUUCCGGAAGACGAAACUUUGCGCGCAGUUCUCAGCGAGAAGUGUAUCGGCAUCUUGACCAGGCGGCGCAUCCUCGAGCGGAUGCAUCCAACCCGGCGGGACGAUUUUUUGCGAAG